AUGUCGUCAGGAUCAAAUCGAAAGGGCCUGUUGCCCACAUCGCAGGACAAUUCGUCGCAGUCUCCAUCCGAUGCGAUCAACACUCCAUCGCCUGUUCAACGUCGAUCAUCGCAGCCGCUUCCGGGCAUAUCGGCCACUGCCUCAUCGCUUCGCAGUCGCAGAGCUGGCUCAACUUCCACCGGAUCCACCUCGUCCAGCUCCAAGCAGCAUAAUGAUCAGCUCAACGACGUCGAUGAUCACGACUACGAUGACGAGGCCCCAGGCGACUACGAUCCCGGCGUGCAGCCUUCCACCAACAAUCGCUCCAACCGUGCCAACCUGUUGAGAGCGUCUCUUGUACCGGGAUCGUCUCAAAACACAGCUGGUAAAGUUGCGUCCGUUUCGCCUGCCUCAGCCCCUAAAAAGCCUGUGCCAGCUGCUCCCCUCUCGCCGCCGGCCACCACAUCAAAUCGAUUCAAAGGCACUCCAGCUCGUGCAACGCGCUAUUCGCUCCCCGUACGCACAGAGAAGCCUGUACGAACCACAAAGACCUCAGGCAAGCACGUUGUCCUGCCUUCCGAGUCUCAGCUAGCUCCUCUUCCAGGUGAUGAUGACGACGACGAUGAAGACGAUGACGAUGACGAUGAUGAUGACGACGACGACGAAGAUGAAGACGAAGAAGAAGUCACCGACGACGAAGCCUCACAAGCGGAUCCAUCGAGCGGCGCUCCUGCCAAGCCUGCCCUCACUGCUCCCUCCAAACCGCCUGCCAGAGUGCCUGUCAUCACUCCCCGCCCUGGACCUACCCUCCCCUCGACCAGACACACGGCUCCUGCUCCCGUACCGGGCAAGCUGGUCACUCCCGUAUCCAAGAGCUCGCAGCGACAAGCCGCCUCUUCCGCCCUCGCUCGUGCCGCUGCCUCUUCCGUAUCAGCUGCUCAGGCACGGCGCGCGCAGCAAGCCAUGCCCAAAGCGGCAACCACCUAUCGCAAUGCCGCCAGCCGAGCUCCUCCUCUUCGACCUCACAAAUCGGGUCCUGUCUAUCACACGUUCGAGCGCAUGCCUCCAAGUGCCAGGCUCAUGACACCGCUCCCACGAGUCACCGCCUACAGCAUUUCGGCUUCCAUCCACCUCGGCACGCUCCUCGGCUUCUUGCGUCGCGAACAUGGCGUCAAGCCCCGUCUCUACGAUGAGUGCGCCUACGCCGUCUACACCAAACCUCUUCUACCCGGAUUUGGACGCGCCAACGUUCGCUCUGCUCCUGAGCCUCGAUCCGCCAGCCCAGGUGCCGAAUCGCGCAGGGAGAGAGAGCUCGAACAACGCGAUGAGUUUGGCUAUAUCGGCACCUACUUCGAGCAUCGCCAGGAAGAGGAGGAAGACAUCGACCAAGAUGGCUACAUCAAAGGCGGCGAAGGUCGAGGCUCCGACAGCGAGAGUCGGAGGCGCGGCGACUCACACCGCGGCGAUGGACGCGGUGGCGGAGAGACGUCUGCCUGGGAGAGUGAGACCGAAAGGUGGAAUCCUGGUGAGCAACGAGGUAGCCGUGAUCGCGAGCAAGACGAAGCUCAGGCCGUUGCAAAUGCAGCUCAUCAACACGUUCACCAUGAGUCGACUGACAGCAGCACGCAUCCCAUUAGCAGUAGCCUCGAAGACGACGAGGGCAUGCUAGCAACGCCUCUGGCCCGACCUGCCGUUCCUUCGCGCAGGCUGUCAGACAGAGACACCGAGGACGCGGGGACAGAGGCGCGUCCUUUCCUGAUCGAGCGUCGACGUGACAGCCAGAGCUCUGUAUCGGAUGUAGAGGCACUGCCGCCCUAUCGCAGCUCCGGUUCGCCCGUCGACAUUGCCACGGACAAGAGCGAGCUUGCCAUCAACCAUCUUGACUCGGCGGGAGCUCGCGACAUGAUGCUGCAACAGCGUGCAGAAGAGCGAGGCGAGACAGAACCCAUGUCGCAUUCGUACCGCUCACACGAGCUCAGUAUCAUCUCGGACGUAGAGGAAGUCGCCAACACGUCGCGCGAAGAUGCCGGAGAGACGAGGCUAGCUCGCGCUGAUGGUGCUUCGAACUCGUUGCAGCCACUCGACGAGAACGCUGUCGGCGAUGACACCGGCAACGGCAUCGACCCGAGCCAGGCGGGGCGGAACGGCGAGCAACAGGUUGAUGGGCAGCCCAAGGAACGCAGGACGCGCAAAGUCAAGCUGCGUCGUCGAAAGCGUCGUUAUGCUGGCCCCAACAUGGCCUCGCACAACCACGACACUUCGGCCAACCUCAACACGCCACGUCCCAUCCUCGAGGCGCUCCAAUCCGCCGAGCUGGUCAUCUUGCCAUACGGCGUUUUGGUCAUGUACAAUUUCUCGGCCGCCGAGGAGAGGAGCAUCAUCGAGGAUGUGCUGUCUUCCGGAUGUGCACGAGAACCGAUGGACGAGGCGGCACGGGAGACGGAAGCGUUCCACUUUUGCUACGACCCCAACAUCUCGGCUCCGCGCAUCUUCAACGACUUUUUCACCUUCCGUGCGCCCAACCACCUGCUCAAGCUGUCUCUUGCGCACGCUAUCGCGCAGUCGACCAAGCUGUCAGUGUUUGAAGAAAGGAUGCAGGCAACGUUGGAGCUUACCUCGCAUAUCCCGAAGGAGAUGGCUUCGAGUGGAGAAUUGAAGCUCAAGCGGAGAGAGGCAUUGCGGUUGACAGGUCGGUUGUUCAAGUUGAGGGUGGAUGUCAACCUGACGAGCAACGUGCUGGACACACCGGAACUUUUUUGGUCCGAGGCGUCGCUGAAGGCGCUGUACGAUGCCAUCAGGGACUAUCUGGAGGUGGAUGAGAGGGUGGAGAAUCUGAAUGAGAGGUUGGCGGUGGCGAACGAUCUGUUGGAAAUCAUUCAUGAACAUAUUGCCAAUACGGCCAUGUCCAAGAUCACGUGGAUCGUCAUCAUCCUCAUCAUCGUCGCAUGCGCUGUAGCUGUGGGCGAGAUCUCGGCACGGUUCCUCGUCGGUGCCAACCGCUCAGGCGAGGGCGGUUUCAGAGCGCUCAGAGCGGCUUCCUCAGUCAAAGAGCUGUCUUCGCCGUCGCCGCUCUCUCUCCCCCCCCUUUCGUACCUUGCCUUUGCUGGCGACUCGCUCUGA